GUAAAGGGAAAUUUCGUUUAGAUAUGCUUGUCGAAAUCGACGCUUCGUCACAGCCUUGUACGGGGGCAUCUCUCUCGAUUUCUUUAACUUUAAUUACAAUGUGACUUUUCUGUCUGCCUUCCGUUACCAGUCAAAAUUUAAACUGAAUUCCACAGCAGCUUCGUGUACUGUUUUUUUUUCCCUCUCUUUUUUUUCCUUGCAGCAAUGUAGUGUUUUCCAGGAAGCGACAGUAAAAAAAACUGGGGAUACCCAUAUAAGGCCCUUUACAGAAAUUCUUCUGAUUGCGAACAUGUGGAGAAAGAGAUUGCCAAUAGCUCUGGAAUUAUCCACUGUCGGUUUUUAUCUUUAAUAUUAAAACCCUCGGGAGUAGCCUGACACAAAAGAAUGAAACAUGCCCUGAUUCGUUCGUUAGUUCCUGGCAAGUACAUGUGACAAGGGUAAGGUAAUUUCCGCUCCAACAAACAGAUUGGAAUUUCUUUAGUGCAAUUCGUCAGUGACGCCUGAAGCUACUCAGAGUACAAUUCAAGGCGAAUGUCCAACGCAGAGAUCUCUCGUGGCUUGCGUGUAUUCGAUCUAUUUGGUUUGCAAUCAAUCAGUGACGAUCUGCUCACCAGCGAACUAAUUUAAUGAAAUGUCAUCUCUCUGUGGUACACCUUGACUUCCUGUUUUGCUUUCCCUUCCCUUCUUUUACUUUGAUAAGCUCAGUCAAUUCAGUGUGCCGCCUUUACGUCAGAAAGGCCAGCCUUCACGGUAGGAUUAAUUGAGAUUGUAAGAAAAGUCCUCUCUUGUAAAGAGACCAGGUCCUGGCGUUUGGCUCAGCAAUUUCAAUUGUAAUUCAGAAAAAGACAGACUCAUUGUCUAUAGAUAGUGUGUACUAUCCUACGUUUUUGUCAAUCACUCGUGGCUAUUAAAACAAGACAGUUUCUGAUAAAAUUUAUAGUCUUUUUUUAAUAUUUCAUACAAUGUAUAAGGAUGACAAACCCUAAGCAGUUAUUUGGUAAAACCAACAAUUUUGUUGCCCCUGUGUAGAUCCUGUGUCAUUUCCAGUCUGGCUGUUGAAAUGCAUUAAUGAAAAAGGGGGAGAGAACAGAACCUCAUCUAUACUGUGAAAUUUCUCGACCCAUUUAAUCGGCCCAGCAAUUACCGCGUUGUGUGAAGUGCGGAUAAUGUAGCGUUCGUUUCAGAGUGCACGAUAUAGGUCUCUGCUCCGAGGGGACCCAUUUUCUGCGAAAUUCAAUCAUUUCUAGCAAAAAUCAUCUUGUUUUCGAGACGAGACUCGGAGAGAAAAGCACUCUUCGCUUUCGGGCCUGUCUGUUUCACUAGAUCACUCUCGGUACAUCCCACGCGGACACGGCCCCCCCAAUUUUGAUUGGCUGGCCCACUGACAUUGCAUAGCUUUUAGUCACGAGUGCACAUGCGCAGUCGGAGAGUUUAUUCAAAAGGAUAAUAUUAUAACUACAUAUUGUCCAAAGGCUUGGUGUGUAUUAUAAAUCUUCAAAUUUAUUUGCUAUGGACUUGGUGGCUUUUGUUUGAAGCUACGAGUGUUGCUCCCUUUCAAAUAGGGCCGACCAAUGUAAACUUCGGUUGUCUGUCAGUAUUCGUCAUAAUUUCUUUUAAUGUGCUUUGGUACUUGUCUCUUUUGUUUAUUCUAUGUAUGAUACAUGAACGGGAGCUUUGACUUUUACAUAAGAGAUCAAAGACAUCUGGAAGCUGUCCGGACUGACGGUUUUAGUAUCUCAAACCAUAAUCCGGUAAAAUGGACCAAAGCAGAACAACGCCGCAUUCUCUAUUCACCACUGGAACUCUUGGGGACUCAUCCAAUGAUUCAGGCGACGGAGACGCGCCAACUAACGACUGGGGCGUGGACAAGGUGGCAGGCAGUGAUUUGGUCUUGGCCCUAUAUGGUGUAAUAUGCGUGGUAGGAGUCACCGGGAAUCUCCUGGUUUGCAUUGUCCUGCUUCGUGUGCGAUCCCUCCGGUCCAACACCAGCGAUUUCCUGGUGCACCUAUCCCUGGUAGAUUUGAUGGUGUGCGUGCUGGUCAUUCCCUACAAGAUCUUGCCCCCACUGAGUCAGUCCCCGCCCCCGAAUCCAACCAUCUGGGGCCAGUUCCGGUGCCGGCUGUACGUCAGCCAGUACCUGUUCUGGGCCUGUGCGGUGACGUCGGUCUUCAACCUGAUCAUGGUGAACCUAGAACGCUUCGCUGCUAUCGUCCACCCCCACGAAUAUAAGAGGAUCUUCGCCACUCGAAACAAGUUCCUCAUGAUUGUCUCUUGUUGGAUCCUGGCUUUUCUUACCAAAUCCUUUAUUUUGUUUCUGUACGAGGAAGAUCCAGCAUCCGGGUGUCGCUUUCUGGGCUGGCCGAGCAAAGGUUUUCAGGCGGCUAUUGGCGUGUGUAACUUCACGUUCAAUCUCUUCGCCCCAUUCGUGCUAAUGAUUUCUGUGCAGUGGAAAGUCAUAUCAACACUGAAGAAGCAAGCGAAAGCACUGACCGCUCAAACUGCCAUCUUGGAUCUCAACCCAACUGACCGUCGUAAAAUGUGGCAGCUUCGGGUGACCCAGAUCCUGGUACGUACCCUCCUGGCUUUUGGUCUGACAUUCGCCGCCUGCUGGGCACCUAACCAAUUCAUGUUCCUGCUGUACAACCUGGGCGUCCAAUUCAGCUUCGCCUCGCCCGUUUACCACUUUGGCGUCAUUCUGGCUGUGUGCAAUUCAUGCGUUAAUCCGAUCAUCUACACCAUGACCAACCAGCAGUUCCGGAUAGGAAUCAGGAUGGCAUUCGGAAUGGAGAAACAGUCGGCCCAAGUGGUUGAUGGGACCACGGCUACGUCGGGAAUGGUGACCCUGUCUACAAGAGUUGGAGCUAAAUGAACAAUCGUUAUGUUGAUGUGUGGAUGUAUAUAGUUAAUUGAAGUAAAAUAACCUGAGAAAAUGCAUCUGACUCUCUCGGUCCGUGCGUUGUAUGUUGCGACUGGAAAAUCUAAAUGAAACAGAAAAACAUUCGAUGAUUCAUCCAUUUUGAUCUGCACACUUCGACCCAGUUCACAGAUGUCAAGGAGUGCAGUUUCUUCAGGAGAACCAAGGGGCCGAUAGACUUAGGCCUAAACUGUAAAGUACACCACUGGAACCCCGCGGUUUUGGUUCGUUCGUUCCUUCCUUGGGUGGUUUUGGGACGAUAAUAUUACCCAAAUGGGAGCACCCGUGCAGGGCAUACACGAGAGGGAUGGGAGGCAUGCUUUGCGUCAUCCCCAUCACUCAAGUUAAUGCUGCUUCACCGGUCAAAGUUUUGAUUAGCGCUCAACCAAUGCUAAUAAAACUGUGUACACAGUGUACGUGACUUUAAGUCUCUGUCCUAUCGUACCAUCUAAGAGCCCGACCUGUUCUGUUUGACGUGCACUUCCUCGUGAUUAGAGGAGGACUGGACUUUCCUCCACGUUUGCUAUCUUUUUUAACGUACUCUCAGAUCGAUUGUGACUAUCUUUCAUUUAUUCUUAAACGAAAGUUCCCUGAUUCGCCUGCUUGCCAAUUGCCUGUCUGACUGUUUGAAUGAUUGUGAUCAAACAGAGCAAAGUAUUUGUUUUGAGGCCCAGGUCAGAGCGUAAUGUUUGAAGGACGUGGACUGAGGCGACUGUUUGGGGCGUUCCGCUGCUAUCGCUAUUCAGUCUUGUGAUCGAUGGAUGCAUUUUGUACUUGCAUGGAAGUAAUUACAUGUUGAUGCCAUUGCCUCGUGCCAUUAAAAGUAUCUUUGAAUAACCACAGUUGGUUCUUGCCCCAGGUACUUGGAGGACGGAGAGUAACUUAACGUGGCUU